GCCGCCCGGGGUCGCUGCGGUGGCAGCGGUGACGGGUUGGGUUGGUUCAGCGUCGUGGCCAUGGCGGUGUUCGUGACGCGGCGGAUCCCGGCCGAGGGGCUGCGCGUACUGUCUCAGGCUGGCGGGUGCCGCGUCCAGCAGUGGGACUCGGAGGAGCCGGUGCCGCGGACCGAGCUGCUGGCGGGAGUGGCGGGGAAGCACGGGGUGCUCUGCCUGCUGUCCGACCGCAUCGACCGCGAGGUGCUGGAGGCAGCUGGUCCUGGCCUGAAAGUCAUCAGCACCAUGUCCGUGGGGUUUGACCACCUCGCCCUGGAGGAAAUCAAGAAGCGUGGGAUCCGUGUGGGGUAUACCCCUGAUGUCCUGACCGAUGCCACCGCAGAGCUGUCUGUAGCUUUACUUCUGUCUGCAUGCCGCCGGCUGCCAGAGGCAGUGGAGCAGGUGAAGAAUGGUGGCUGGACAACAUGGAAGCCCUUGUGGAUGUGUGGUUAUGGUCUGUCUGAUAGUACGGUGGGCAUCAUAGGUCUGGGGAGAAUAGGACAGGCAGUUGCCCGCCGCCUAAAGCCAUUUGGGGUCAAGAAGUUUUUGUACACUGGCAGUGGCCCAAAACCAGAGAGUGAUGUGGAGUUUGAAGCUGAGUUCGUCCCACUCACAAGGCUGGCCGAAGAAUCAGACUUCGUUGUGGUGACAUGUGCUUUGACUCCAGCCACCCAAGGAAUGUGCAACAAGGACUUCUUCACCAGAAUGAACAGCAUGGGGUCUCUGUUUUUGCCAGGGGAUCUGUGGUGAACCAGGAGGAUCUGUACAACGCACUGGCCCAUGGCCAGAUCGCAGCAGCAGGCCUGGACGUCACAACACCGGAGCCACUGCCCACUGAUCACCCCUUGCUCUCCCUCAAGAACUGUGGUGAGUGGCUGGGCC